GCUUCACCUCCCUCUCUCUCUCUCUCUCUCUCUCUCACACACACACACACACUCACACACAGAGUCCAAAUACAUCAUCAAAGGACACUCCAACCUCAAAGAUUCAAUCUUUAUAACACCCAGAAAGAACAGUAUCCAGAUUUCUUCAUAAAUCUCAAUCUCCACCCUUUUUCUGCUUUUCUUGGUUUUUCUGUUAAACACACAAUUGCUUUUUCCCCGGAAACUUGUUGACGGAAAAUAUGGAAAUGGAUUUCUGGGGUUCAAGAGCUCACUCAGCAAAACACCACCACCACCACCACCACCACUUCCAUACUCUCCAAUCUGGCCGUCUCAACAACGCCGAUAAUCAUCCAAUGAUGGACGGUGAGGAUGAUGUUAGAGCCUGGUUCCCUUGUCCAUUUUGUUAUGUCGAAAUCGAGAUCCCUGUGCUGUGUUGCCAUCUACAAGAAGAACACUGCUUCGACCUCAAAAAUGCGGUUUGUCCGAUAUGUGCAGCCAAUUUGGGCAAAGAUGCAAUUGCGCAUUUCACAUCCCACCAUGUUCAUUCAGUAAAGAGGAGGAGAAAGUCCCAGAAAUCGGGAUUGUGGAGUAAUGGUAUGAACAUCGCACGAGAAAUGACUGAUAGGGGAAACAUGCAAGAAACCACGCCUGAUCCGCUAUCAGCAUUUUUGUACAAUGCUCCAUUUUCAGAGCUUCAAGAAGAUCAAGUAUCCACUGCCACUUCUGAUGUCAAGAGCAUAAAAGAAGCAGAAGAACCUAAGGAUCACGAAGAGAAGAGCCAUCGUGCAGCAUUUGUUCAGCAACUUAUCUUUUCGACCAUUUUCUAAAGUAAAUUAUCGAGGCACAAACCAUGUUAGUAGAGAGCAAGUUGAUAUUGUAUCAGUUUAAGCUGGCGGUGAUCAUUGGUGUUGAUGGUUUAAAUUAGUAAUAUCAUCAUCUGAGUUAAGUUAUCCAGAAUCACUGGAUUAUGUAUUCAUCAUGUAUCUUUGUAACUUAUGCAAGUUCUCAUGUGAAUUGAAUCAAAAUCUUGAUAGCUUAAAAA